GUUACUGUUCUUUGUUCUCUUUGUUGGCCAUGGAUCUUCAAGCUUCACGCCCCGUUGUUGAAUCUUCUGCUUCUGCAAAUCAACCUUACAGAACUGGCUUUCAUUUUCAACUUCCCAAGAACUGGAUUAAUGAUCCUAAUGGAGUUAUGGUUUACAAGGGAGUUUACCACUUGUUCUACCAAUACAAUCCGAAUGGUGCAGUGGUGGAGGGCAUCAAAAUUUGGGGUCACUCUACAUCAAAUGAUCUUGUGAAUUGGACCCCUCAUGAACCAGCCAUCUAUCCAUCUGAGCCAUAUGAUACCAAUGGUUGCUGGUCUGGUUCAGCCACUAUCCUCCUUGAUGACAAACCAGCAAUUCUCUACACCGGAGUCGACUCCCAAAACAGACAAGUCCAGAAUCUAGCCUUCCCCAAGAACUUAUCCGACCCUUACCUUGUAGAAUGGAUCAAAUCGGAUAAAAACCCCGUGAUGCAACCUACCAUCAAGAAUCGUAUCAAUGCGAGUUCAUUCAGGGAUCCCACGACUGCAUGGCUAGGCCCUGAUGUCCAAUGGAGGGUCAUCGUUGGAAGCAAAGUGGACCGCCGGGGCUUAGCCAUCCUUUACAAAAGCAAAGACUUUGUGAACUGGUUUCGAUCCGAGACCCCGUUGCAUUCUGCUAACGACACCGGGAUGUGGGAAUGUCCCGAUUUUUUCCCUGUUCUAGUUGUGGGACAAAAUGGUGUCGACACCUCACUUAAUGGCCCUUUUUUCAAGCAUGUGCUUAAGGUCAGCUUAGAUGAGACCGGGCAUGACUUGUAUACGAUCGGCUCAUAUGAUAACAUCAAGGACAUAUAUACACCGGACAAGAUAUCUGUCGAGGGCGAUUUGGGGUCGAGAUACGACUAUGGCAAGUAUUAUGCUUCCAAGUCUUUCUUCGACUGUGUCAAGAAUCAAAGAAUCUUGACGGCUUGGAUUAAUGAAUCAUCGAGUGUGGCUGAUGAUGUUAAGAAAGGAUGGUCAGGUGUUCACGCAAUUCCUAGGAAAUUUUGGCUGGCUGAAAAUGGCAAACAAUUGGUGCAAUGGCCAAUAUCCGAACUACAAAAGCUACGUGCAAACCACAUCAGCCUGGCUAACAAAUUGCUCGAGGGAGGAUCAGUUAUCAAAGUUUCCGUUGUUACUGCUGCACAGGCAGAUGUUGAGGUUUCAUUUGAGAUAAAAGAUCUCGACAAUGCUGAAGUGCUAGAACCAAGCUGGACCAACCCACGCUUCCUAUGCAGCCAAAAGGGUGCAUCCGUUAAAUCAAGCCUCGGACCGUUCGGGUUACUCGUUUUGGCUUCCGAUGACCUGAAAGAGAACACGGCGGUAUUCUUCAGAAUAUUCAAGGGUAACAACAGUUAUGUGGUGCUAAUGUGCAGCGACCAAUCCAGUUCAUCCUUAAAUCAAGAUAAUGACAAGACAACAUAUGGAGCUUUCUUGGAUGUGGAUAUUCGACAACAAAAGUUGUCAUUGAGGAGCUUGAUGGAUCAUUCUAUUGUGGAGAGCUUUGGUGGAGGCGGCAAAGCAUGCAUAACAUCAAGGGUUUAUCCCACAUUGGCAAUUAACGAGGCAGCUCAUUUGUAUGCUUUCAACAAUGGAACUCAGUCCCUUAACAUUGCAGCGUUGAAUGCUUGGACCAUGAACACAGCUAAUAUCAACUGAUAUUUCCAUCGAAUUAAGGAUGACAUUUUGAUAUAAUAAUUUGUCGAUGCAAUAAAGAGAGAUGCAUGGAGGGAAAUAAACUUGUUAUUCCAAAUCAUUUCUGA